AGAACAUCCACCUUCACGACCAGCUGGAGAACCUCACAUCAAUCCCUCAGAGAGCUCAAGAGAAUGCUGUGGCACCACUCGAAUGAUGAGAAUCACCAUAACGACCACCAUAGCGACCACCAUAGCGACCACCACAGCGACCCCCAUAGCGACAACCAUAAUGAGGAUGCUCGAAGUAUGUGGAAUGAAUGGUCAGCACAUGGCAUCAGUGAAGAAACCCAUCUUCUGUUGGAGCACGCUCUGUGUGGACAUGACCCCCACAACUCUGGAAGCUUCCAUGUCCCUACCCCCUCCCUGCUCCUCCUGGCCCUACUGAACAUUACCCUGCUGAUGUCUGGCUCUAUUUAGGCUA